UCACGUUUCUUCUUCUUCUUUUGCUGAACUUGGUUUUUCAAUUGAGCAGCAGAUUCAGAGCUAAAACGCCACCGUGAAGCUCUCCUCUUCCGAUGGCUGAGACCGAGGAACCAAAAAUGAAGGCGCGGCCGAUAGUGCGCCUGGGGAUUUUCCUUAUUUCUCACAGUAUUUUCUUCAGCGUGAUUUGCUUCUCUGCAGGGGUCUUAGCUCUUCUGCUACUACCUAUGUUCUCCAUGAACACUUACAUUUCCGAGAACGCUCUCAUGCCAGGCUCUGCAAAUACUAUGCUUUCGGGUCAGGAAGUCUCAGACUCGAACAACUUGGUGAAGGAUCUGAAGAGCUUGAAUUCACAGCCUGGCUCAACAGUCUUUGGAAGCCAGAAGAUUAUAGCACAAUAUAUAUUGAACUUGGGUGCUGAAGUUAAUUACCACAGGUUCCACCCGCAAUUGAGUCAGUUCCAUCCAGUGCACUUUUUCUCUAGCCCUGAUCCUGGGAUCAUUCGGGACAAUGUUAGUUGCAUUACACAGGGCAUUAACACUAUUGGCAUAAUAAGAGCACCACAAGCCGAUGGAAAGGAAGCCAUUGUUUUGGUGACACCUUACAAUCCUGUUAAGACCAGUCUUCAUGAGACUUUGUCUCUUGGUAUUGCUUAUUCAGUGUUUUCUUUGCUUGCCCAAGUAACUUGGUUGGCCAAAGAUAUUGUAUGGCUUAUCGCGGAUUCACGAUAUGGGGAAUAUGCGGCAGUUUCAGCUUGGCUUAGAGACUAUCACACUCCUGCAUUUGGUCGUUCCAUCAUGAUUGACACAGAUGCUUGUCCAGAGACAAAUGUCCUUUAUGAAUUUGAAGCAAACCAUAUGACAGAAAAAAUGAGUCUAGGUGAUUUUAAACGUGCUGGAACGAUGGCUGCAGCCCUCGUUAUUAAGGUUUCAAAUAGAAGCGAACACUUUGAGGAUAGUCUUAGUGUCUAUGCUGAAGCAUCCAAUGGUCAGAUGCCAAAUCUAGACCUCAUCAAUAUUGUGAAUUAUCUAGCAGUAUACAGGCAAGGUUUUCGGAUUAAGAUUGAGAAGUUUUUGCCUUUACUAGACUGCAAAUGGCUCAAGGUUUUGGGCGAAGUGUUUGAGUCGAUAGGAAAAUUUAUCAGAAGCAUGAACCCUGAAUGGAAGUUUGGCAUGCCAGCUUCUGACUAUGUUGAUGGCACCGCCACACUUGCAAGUUCAUUGUACUACCAGGCUGUAGGUAUUCCUACUGGUUCCCAUGGGGCUUUUCGAGAUUUCCAAAUUGAUGCAAUUACUGUGGAGAUGUCCCCCAAAUUUCCUUCUGGUGUCAAUGUCAGGCAUGAUGAAUUCAUAUUGCGAGGCGGCCGGCUAAUUGAAGGAGUUGUGCGAUCAGUAAACAACCUCCUGGAGAAGUUCCAUCAGUCAUUCUUUCUGUAUCUUAUGGUAUCUACCAGCAAAUUUGUAUCCGUUGGUGUAUAUAUGAUUGCUUUUGCACUCCUUGUUGCUCCAUUACCAGCAGUUGCGGCUUCUCUCUAUUCUUAUGCCAAUAACUUGAAUUUGACCGUGGAAAAGGUUGAACCUGCAGCUUCAGCAAAUUCUGAUGAUGAGCUUAUUGUCUCUUUAAGAUCAUGGAAAUGGGUUAAUGCUGCAAAAAGAGUUUUUGUUGUUCAUGUAUGGGGUGCUGUUGUUUCUUUACUUCCAUACUUCAUCUGCCAAAUACCUGGUUACAGUCCUACAACAAGAUCUAUUAUUUGGGCGCUGCUUUCACUGCUCACGCUACUAAUUUUGUCAGUGGUAUUGUGCUCUCCACUUCGUUCCACCAAAUCUUCUGAACAGCAGAUUCAAGAGUGGGCUUUCUUGAAAGCAAUGACCACCUCAGCGGCCUUUAUUGGUUUGUGCCUCAUGUCAGUAAUUAACUUUGCUACCGCAGAACUUGGAGCUUUUUUGGUAGUGUCCAUGUGCUUGUUGGUACAUCCCCUGAAGCUUGAUCUAGUGCCUGGGAGCUUUAAAGCUCUUUCAAGGGCAGCCUGUAACCUUGUUUUGGGAUUCAUAGCUUUUCCGCCUGUUACUUUCUUUUUGUUUAAAGCUGCUUUGCAAAGUUUAGACGAUCUACAUAUCGGCGACUUCUGGAACUGGAUGGAGACCCUCUGGGCAUGGAACAGUGCUACUUUCCUCUACUUAGGUAUGGUUCACUUGCCAUGCUGGGUAUUAUGUACAGAAAUUUUACUUCAUUCUUGUUGAGGUACAUUGAUUAGUUUUUUGUGUGGAAUUUGGUUAGACCAGCCAAUUAGGAAAGAGUUAACUUUUGUCCUUGCCCUGUAGUCUGAACAUCUAGUUUAUUGAACUUUCAUUAGUCCUGAGAAAUAGUUUUCACUUUGAACUGAAUUGGAACAAGUUACACGUUCAUCCCUUGUAUGUUAGCUCCUGUAAUCAGGUCUUAAAGCCUACUUUGUUACUGAUGUUUAUAGUGUACGAUUAAUACAGUAAACUUUAACCCU